CAAGGCAGUCAAUCUCCCUUGUUACAUACGAAAGCAGAGGAACUGGAAAGACUUUAAGCAACUACAUUAUGACAGGAUUCAAAUGCAAUAUCCCAGUGCUGCUGGGAAUUCUGUCGCUAUGUUUCCUUUUGGGGGCAUGCAGUCCAAGGCCACAGUUGAGAUCCACACCCUGCGCCAUGGAAGAGGCAUUCUCUGCAGAUCCCACUGACUGCAGCGCGUAUUACCAGUGCUCAGCAGGCCAAGGGUUCAAACUUAAGUGUCCAACUGGACUUCAUUGGAACAAUGCACUUAAAGCAUGCGAUUGGCCAGACUUUGCUGGUUGUAUGUUGGAACCUCAUGAUGAGAAUGGCGAUACGGAAAAAGGAAGCGCGGAACAAGAAGAUGAUGAAGAGGAAGACAGUGGAGACAGCAGCGUAAGCAGCAACGAGGAAGGCACCAGCGAGGAAUCUGUCUCAGGCAGCGACAGCAGCAGCAGCAGCAGCAGCAGCGAAAAUGUCAUGUGCGAGGCUAUUAAAAAUCACCCCGAAUGCCCUGAAAACGACAUAGAAGGUUCAAAAUAUUUCCCUCACCAAGACCCUAGCCACUUCUACCACUGCAGUCAUGGAGUAGCUCACUGUAAAGCGUGCCCCGCAGGCCUCGUCUGGAACCAGAAAUGUCUUGUAUGCGACUGGCCUGAAAUAUCUCUCUGCCACGGACAUGAAAGCGGAGGCAAUGAUGAUAGUGCACCGAAGCCACCAGAGGGCGAGGAUGAAGACGAUAAAGACAGUGAAUCAGACGAUGAAGACAAAGACGACGGAAAAGACAAAGAAGACGGAGAAGACAAAGAAGACGGAGAAGACAAAGAAGACAGUGAAGAUAAAGAAGACGGAAAAGACAAAGAAGACAGUGAAGACAAAGAAGACGGAAAAGACAAAGAAGACAGUGAAGACAAAGAAGACAGUGAAGACAGCAAAGAGAGCGAAGAUAGCAAAGACAGUGAAGACAGUGAAGACAAAGAAGACGGAAAAGACAAAGAAGACAGCAAACCAGAGGACGAAGAUAACGACAGCAGUGGCUGCGCUGAAGGAAAGGACCGUGUUGAAUGUCCUUCAGUAGACGACACGCGUCCUAUCUUUUUCCCCGAUCCGGAGGACCCUCACAGCUACUUCCAGUGCGACCACGGACGGCUGCAUUGCAAGCGGUGUGCUGGUGAUCUCGUCUGGAAUCAGGAGCAUGUUGUAUGCGACUGGGAUAAUCGUAGUACGUAGUGAAGCAUUACUCUCUCAUACACAACCUACACCGCAUACAAGGAUAAUUAGCAACGGUGGCUGCAUUAUGAGAGGUUGACGAUAAAUUGGCUAUUCAUUACUUAUUUGAAUAUAUUAAAUUAUUGAAUUAAUGAUUAUAUAACAUAAAUAUAUCUACUUGCAUAAAUAACUUACACAAUAUUGAAUUUUGACUCCGAUUUUGAUGUGUUUUUGUUUAACUGCCAUUAAAAAUACAGUAAACUGUACAUUGUUUAUAAGUUGUAAUAAUAUUAAAUAAAGA